UUUUCUAAGUCAUACUCUUUAAAAAAAACUGUUUUUGGAUAUAUUUCGAUAUGUAUUGUACUGUGAGAUGUGCAUCGUGAUAGGUAUCGUAUUGUAGCCAGGUUAUGGAUGGAUGGGAGUGUAUUUUAUCUCUAAUUUCGAGUUUAAACAACACAAUGGCUACAUAAAAUCAAACUACAUAUUGGGAGUAAUGGCUUCAAACAAGAUCCUACUAAAAGUGGUCUUCUAGUGUUUCAAUUUCUCCAAUAGAAACAGACCUAGUUUGCAUAAUCCGACAUACAUGUGACUGUAACUCGAACAAGAAUCCCACAGAGGUCGAACGGUUUAAUUGAAACAAACGAGAGGGAAUUGAUUUCUGAUUUGGAGUGAGCGGUCCACAGCAGCAGCAGCGGCGGCGGGGUUCACCUGCCGUGGAGUCGCGAUUGGAGAUCCACUCUCUCCGCCCCCCGGCGCGCGCUGCCCGCCUCCUCCAACCCGGCGCGCACUCCUCCGCUCCUCAUUCUCCUCCGGUGUCCGCAGCGGAUCAUGAGCUCCGGUCUGUGUGAGCAGAGGAGCAGCAGCGACGCAGAUGCUUCCCCCGGGUCACCCCGCUUCACUCCGACCUGCGCUCUAGUCAUUUAGAGACGACCCGCAGCUGGAUCCCUGUCUUUUUUUUUUUUUUUUUUUUCCUCCUGUGGAUGCACCAUGCAGGCUCGCUGGCGGAGUUGUGGCAUUCGGCUGCUGGCGUGGACGUGGGUUUGGAGCCUGGCUUCCCUCGGGUCGUGGUGCAUCCCUGCGAAUGAAGUUAACCUGCUGGAUUCCCGCUCUGUGAUGGGAGACCUAGGAUGGGUGGCUUACCCUAAGAAUGGAUGGGAGGAGAUUGGUGAAGUGGAUGAAGACUACGCCCCCAUCCACACAUACCAAGUGUGCCGCGUGAUGGAACAGAACCAGAACAACUGGCUCUACACCAACUGGAUCCUGACUGAGGGUGCCCAGCGGGUGUACAUUGAGCUCAAAUUCACCCUGAGAGACUGUAACAGCUUGCCUGGAGGAGUCGGGACCUGCAAAGAGACUUUUAACAUGUAUUACUACGAAACUAAUGGGGAUGAAGAGGAAGGUGAGGAUGGAGAGAUGAGAGAUGGAACUGGAAUGACUGAAGAGGAGGAGAGGGUGCUAAAGGAGAACAGAUAUAUCAAAGUGGACACCAUAGCAGCUGACGAGAGCUUCACCGAGUUGGAUCUGGGGGAUCGUGUGAUGAAGCUCAACACCGAAGUUCGCGAUUUAGGUCCUCUGACCCAUAAAGGCUUCUACUUGGCGUUUCAAGAUUUGGGGGCCUGCAUUGCUUUGGUGUCUGUGCGGGUUUUCUACAAACGCUGCCCGUUCUUGGUGAAGAGCCUUGCAGAGUUUCCUGACACCAUCCCCGGCUCAGAGGCUUCACAGCUGGUGGAGGUUGUGGGACACUGCGUCAACAACUCUCUGCCUUUAUACGAGCCACCUCGGAUGCACUGCAGCACAGAAGGAGAAUGGCUGGUGCCAAUCGGGAAGUGUGUCUGCAAGCCAGGAUAUGAGGAAAUCAGCGGAUCUUGUCAAGUCUGCAAAGUGGGUUUUUACCGCUCGCUGCUGGAGUCUCCGAGCUGCAGUAAAUGUCCUCCUCACAGUGUGGCCAGGCAAACAGGGGCCACAGCUUGUGCCUGUGAAGAUGGAUACUACAAGAUUGAGUCUGACCCGUCUAACAUGGCCUGCACACGCCCUCCCUCUGCCCCUCGUAACGCCAUUUCCAACGUCAAUGAAACCAGUGUCUUUCUGGAGUGGUCCAUUCCAUUGGAGACUGGCGGCAGGAAGGACAUCCGCUACAAUAUCUUAUGCAGGCAGGUCCUGCCAGAGGGCAGAGGUUUGGACGAGUGCGGACCGAACGUUCGCUUUCUGCCCCGCCGAGUCAGUCUGUCUAACACCUCAGUAAUGGUGGCCGACCUGCAGUCCCACACCAACUACAGCUUCCUGCUUGAGGCCGUCAACGGAGUGUCAGAGCUGGCCAAAGACCACCCCAAACAGUAUGUGUCGCUGAAUGUGACAACCAACCAGGCAGCGCCUUCUCCAGUAAGUGUGGUGAGGAAAGGACAUACGGGAAAGAGCAGCAUCGCCCUUUCCUGGGCAGAGCCGGAUCGCCCCAACGGCAUCAUCCUUGAGUAUGAGAUCAAGUACUUUGAAAAGGAGCAGGACUCCAGUUACACCAUUAUUAAAUCCAAGGACACAGAGAUGGUCGUAGAAGGCCUGAAACCCUCAUCGGUUUACAUUUUCCAGGUAAGAGCCAGGACGUCAGCAGGAUAUGGUGCUUUUAGCCGGCGGUUUGAAUUCCAGACAAGUCCUUACCUAACUGCCACCAGUGAGCGUGCUCAGGCCUCAAUAAUAGCAGUCGCCAUCACGCUGGCUCUGGUUCUCCUGGCGGUGGUGGCUGGCUUCCUGCUCAGCGGUCGACGAUGUGGUUACAGCAAAGCAAAGCAGGAUCCUGAGGAGGAGAAGAUGCACUUUCACAACGGUCACAUAAAGUUUCCUGGAGUGCGCACUUACAUUGACCCUUUGACCUAUGAAGAUCCCAACCAAGCAGUUCAUGAGUUUGCACAAGAGAUCGAUGUCUCAUCUAUCUCCAUUGAAAGGAUUAUCGGUGCUGGUGAGUUUGGUGAGGUGUGCUGCGGACCGCUGAGGCUGCCUGGAAAAAGAGAGAUCCAGGUUGCCAUCAAGACCCUGAAAGCUGGCUACACCGAGCAGCAGAGGCGGGACUUCCUGUGGGAGGCAUCAAUCAUGGGGCAGUUCAACCAUCCGAACAUCAUCCGUCUGGAGGGUGUGGUCACAAAAAGCAAACCUGUGAUGAUCAUCACAGAAUACAUGGAGAAUGGAUCGCUGGACACUUUUCUUAAGAAAAACGAUGGCCAGUUUACGGUAAUCCAGCUGGUUGGUAUGCUCCGCGGCAUUGCAUCGGGCAUGAGAUAUCUGUCUGAUAUGGGCUACGUUCACCGAGAUCUUGCAGCACGCAACAUCCUUGUGAACAGCAACCUUGUGUGUAAAGUGUCUGACUUUGGGCUGUCCCGAGUCCUGGAAGAUGACGCAGAGGCGGCAUACACCACUCGGGGUGGAAAAAUUCCCAUUCGCUGGACGGCUCCAGAGGCGAUCGCCUACAGGAAGUUCACGUCAGCCAGCGACGUCUGGAGCUACGGGAUCGUCAUGUGGGAGGUCAUGUCGUAUGGAGAAAGACCAUACUGGGAGAUGUCCAAUCAAGAUGUAAUAAAGGCCGUAGAAGAGAGCUACAGGUUGCCAGGUCCCAUGGACUGCCCUGAGGCCCUCUAUCACCUAAUGAUGGACUGCUGGCAGCAUGAACGCACCAACCGUCCAAAGUUUGAUGAGAUUGUUUGUCUACUAGACAAACUUAUCCGUAAUCCCAGUUCCUUAAAAAAGCUGGUCAACUCCUCUCAUAGAGUGUCCAAUCUUCUGGUGGAGCACACCAGUGCAGAUGGAGACUGUGGCACUCAAAGCCAGACUGUAGGAGAGUGGCUUGAUUCCAUCAAAAUGGGGCGUUACACUGAACUCUUCAUGGAGGCGGGCUACUCUUCCAUGGAAACAGUGACACAGAUGACCUCUGAAGAUCUGCGGAGAGUGGGGGUGAACUUGGCUGGACAUCAGAAAAAAAUUAUCACAAGUAUUCAAGAGAUCCGAGUUCAUAUGAACAACUCCACUGUAAAAAUCUGAUGCAUUUGUGCAGCCAUGCACACACUUCCAUGCAUUCAUACAUGCACAAAACUACAAUAUAUGGACCUAGUAUGUAAUCAAAGAACUGUUGGACCUAGAACGGCUUGGCAUAUUUUUGCAGAUAAAGAGUGUCCGUUGGAUCUGCACUGGAUUAACCGCAUUUUAGUGGUUUGGGUGUAUGUACAGUCGCCUGUGUUGUCACUGGAGAUUUCUGACAUUGCAGCGCUAAAACCAAACUGAACUGGUGCUACUUGGAGGAACGUGGAAGGUGAGCUGAACUGUACUUAAGGAACAUUCUAAUCUUUCCAAUAGUUAUUUGUUUGCAUCCUUUUUUUUGCAAUAAUCCAUUCUGUGCAAUGAUUUGACAUUUGGUGAUGAACCAUGACACAAAGACCAGACACUUAGCUCAUCGCCUCUUGACUCUGGAGUUGAAGUUUCAUGUAAAGCACUUAAUCUGAACUUUUCAGCCUGUCUCAGGUGAGCUUGGAUGAACUCUUAUUAUUUUUUUUUUAUUUUUCUGUGAAGUUUAAUUUUCUAUCAGGAGUUGAUGAGGUGAAAAACUUAAAUCACGGUCUACAAAUUAGACCAAGAACAAGAUCUAGAUUUUUGUUAAUCUUUUCUUAUUUUGGCUGAAAGUUUUUACAAAACUGUAUCUGAAACGAGCAGAACUCAAGGAUGAUCAGAAAUGUUGAUUUUUAGGAUUUGGAACAUAAAGCAAACACUCAUGUUUUAGUUGAUUGCUGUAUUUUCUCCUCCCAUAAAUUUAUUAAUUUGGAACAUCUAUUUCAAAAUUAUUACAUCCUUCACCUGCAAUAAUAUAGAUGGAUUUUUUUAAAGGAAAUCUGGAGCAGGAACAAUCAUUAGCUUUUCUAAAAAACAUAAAUUACAGUUUAUUACUCCUUCUGAAGCUGCGUUCACACUGAACACAAUUUGUGUGGCAGAGCCAUCUAAUUUCAAAGUUAUAUCAAUGUACAGACAAGACCAGAGGUCCUGUGGAGUGAUAUAAGCAUCGGGCGUCGUGCGUUGGUCCAGAAGCAACGCAAUUUGAGCGAGAUGGCACGCCAUGUCCCGAGAUCAAAAUCUGAGUUUUGGAGUUGUAGAUGCGUUGCGUGAACCAACCAAAGGGACUCUGUCUUGGGCAUGUCACAUAUUUACUCACACAAUCAGUGGAUGGAGUCUUAUUUGCACCAAGACAAUAUCAAAAAGGUCCUCUAAUUUUAGUUUUUUCUUUCCCCUCCCUUGACUGAUGCGGGACAGCAAGGCAUCAAACUGGAUCACAGAGAGAUGGAAGUACUGCUGAAAGCGGCCAUCAUUCAGACACAGCUCUUGCAGUAGACGGUGAACCUCACUGCACUGGGAAACGCAUUGUCUCUCCCAACUCAUCAAAUAUGGACGUAUGGUUUCGGCCUCCUAUGCAUUACUUUUUUGACGUUUUGGGUGUCCCCAACUUGUCAUUUUUUUUAAGCGCUUUCUGUUCCCAUUAAAUCCCAACCUCCGGGACACUAACUGGUACCGGUCUGAGGGCGACUCAGGGGUCCCCAAUCCCCAGACCCAUGCCAUAACCUGGUACCAGUACCCUAACCUGGUGCCGGUACUGUGUCCUGAGGGUUAGGAACCUGUGAUUUAAUGGGAACAGCCAGCAAGUCAAAAAAGAGCAGUUGGGGACACCAAAAACUUCAAAAAGUGAUGCAGAGGACGUCUGAACCAUACAUCCAUAUAUGAUGAGUUGGGAGUGAGAAUGUGUAUUACUGGGAGAGUCUGAAUGAUCUCCUGUAACCCAGACAUGGAGAUGUGAUUACCAACACUUUUGCAGAACUUAAAAAAAAAUAAAAAUAAAUCAAAUCUCCUACGUCUCUUCCAUGCAACGUGAUUGAGAUAUACACAGACACUGCUCCAUGUUGUGCCAUCCCUGGAGUAUCAAGUUUAUUCAUACAUUUUUGGACAAGUGUGAAGCAACAAUUUCGUUUCGGUCCAACUAUAGCGGGGUCCCCAAACUACGGCCUCCACAUCUGGCCCGACCCCCAAACACUAUCAGAGACGCAUGAUUGUUUUUUUUUUCUAUGUGGCCGAUCUAGAGCCACAAAGAACGUGGAUUUCUUUCCACAUUUCUGCAGUCUGAAUUGUGACCGGAGAGGAUAGACUAUUUAUUGGUUUAAUUUUUGAAAAUAUUUUAGUAUUAUUUUUUUCUUUGAAGAUUAUAGAAAUGAAUUAAUUAAAAGUUGGUAAUGUGUGGGUUUGUGGAAAACCAUAAAUGUUAAGUUUCAGGACCCUUGAAUUAGAGGCGGCUGAUGGGAAAAUUUGAUGCACAGAUUGCGUUUGGUGUGAACACACUAUUUGGAUGUCAGGUGAUCUUUUCUUUGGUAAUGAAAACAGAAACAAUAUCACUAUUUUAUUGAAUAAUCCACAAGGAUUUAUAUAAGUAUCAUUAUUGGUUAGAAAACUUUUGUCCUCCUCAGAUAACACUACUGCAGGCUUGUACUCUUACCUGCCACUCCACAAGAAACUUUACAUGAAAACAGGACUGCUGAUACAAGAAGGCAAUAUUGACCAAUUUGAAUAUCAUUUAAUUAUUGUACAUGUAAAAAAGAAAAUAUGUGGACAGUUUUUUUUUUUUGUUUAUACUCUACAUGCAUCUCCACCUACAUGUAAUUCAUGUAUAUAAUGUAAUAUAUAUUUAAGCAGGGAGCAUUGUUUUUCUGUCUACUGUCAUGUGGACAAGUUGGUAUUAAUCAUGCAUCUCAGAGUAGUACACUUGAGUAAAAUAGUGAUAAAUAUUUUUAAAAAUCUGCACUUCUGCAAGUCAUGAUUGGACCUCUCUGUGGGGGCAGCCAGCACAUUUGCCCCCACGUCAGGGUCCCCAAGACGAUAUGCAGAAAGGGUGGACGUUCAUCCUCAGUUGUUGGUGAUUGUGUUGCUUUCUAACGUUUUGUACAAAACCAACAAAUAUUCUGACUUGCCAUAAAUGAGAUAGCUGGACACAUGCUCUGCCUCUACAGAGAAGGGCUUUUUUGCCCUUGGGGUAAAUAGAUGGUUCAAAGGUUAAUAUUGAUGUCAGUAAUCAAGCCUUGUGCUUCUUUUUUUUUUCCUUUGGUAUGGAAUCACAUCUAAUCUGUGCUUUAAAAAAAAAUGUAAACCACUUUCAAACAGAAACUUUCUCUCUUUGCAGAUGAUGGUAUAUUCUUAGUCAGUAUACUGGAGUUUUGGGGCUUAAAGGUAAUCAUGGAGGUAUGAAGGUAAUCAUUUCACUAUAUGAAAAGCACAGGAAAAGAAUGUAAGGUUAUGAAGGGGCAUUUUACUUUUAAAUGAGUUGGGUGUCGAUGGUAGUAACUUGUUU